AUGCCACAUAUUUCUAGUCUUGCAACACGUGCUUCGAAGAUUACUGUGUUUGUAUAUAAUCAUACGGUGUUCUUGUCCUGGCUAAGACAAAAAGAUAAUUGGAAGGAGAUUGUUCGUCCAGGUCCAACUCGUUUUGCCACUGUCUUCCUCACAUUGAUGAGUAUCUUUGAGCGCAAAUCGGAAUUACAACAAUUGGUUGUUGAUACACACUUUACCGGACACAAAUUAGGAAGGAGUGCUAAUGGUAUGCUGAGGUCAGAAAAUGGAAUCAAAGAAAUGUUCAAGCAUAGGAAGAGUGCAUAUCAACCUUACACAGAGAUUAUCAACUCAAGAUGGGAUAAACAUUUGAAAAAAAAUCUUCACGCAGCAGCCUAUUUCUUGAAUCUUGAGUGCUUUUUUUCUGAAAAUUAUAGAGAAUCACCUGAUGUCAUGCGAGCUUUACUUGAUCUUGUUACAUUGCAUUGCAAGGUUAAUAAUUUAGAUUCAGUUGAGGCAAUGAAAGAAAUACACUUAUAUAGAGAUCGAAAGGAAAGCUUUGAUAGGCCUGAAGCUAUUCCAGCUGCAAAAAAACUUCAACCUGAUGAAUGGUGGAGGUUGUUUAGUAGUUCUGCUCCAUGUUUACAAAAAAUUGCAGUUCGCAUUCUUAGCCAAGCAUCUGCUUCUUCAGGGUGUGAAAGGAAUUGGAGUCUUUUUGAUCAAAUUCAUACAAUAAGAAGGAAUAGAUUGGAGCAUGAUAGGCUAAGUGAUAUUGUGUAUGUUAUAUAUAAUUUGCGUCUUAAAUCCAGGUAA